AAAGUGAGAAAAUGGGGAAAAGUUAGAAAUAGAAAGAGACAGACAGAAUGCAAGUGUGUGUGUGUGAGAGAGAGAAGAAGAAAAUGAGAGAGAGAAAGAAGAGAGAGCAGGAAAGAAAGAGACAGAGAGAUAGUUAGAAAGAAAGAGAGGGAGAAAAGGAAAGCGAGAGAAUUUGUUUACGACAGUAUGUAGACAGAUAUUUUUUAUUUUAAUCCAGCUUUUAUAAUGUUCAUGUUUUUCUAACAAUACACUCCGUAUUGAUUUGCUAUUGAAAAGAACAAAUGUUCUCUGAAGGCCAAUGAAGGCCAGUAAAUCACAAACCCCGUUGAGUGGUUUUGUCAAUCUUUAAUCCACAUUGCAGCAUUGCUGUCAACACUUCCUCAAGCCUCUGUGGGCUGGCUGAGGUUAGGAUGGCUCAGAGAGCUCAGCAGUGACUGAAUUUUACAUUCACGGUUUCUUCUUAAGCCAUUCAUAUCUAUAAACAGGCCUGUGUUGGAGCAGUUAUACACCAGCAUUUGAUGAAGGAUUCAGAGUGAUUUCAUUUUAGAGUAUUUCAGCACUGAACUGCACUGUUUUGAGAAGAACUGCAAGAACAAUGGUCCACAAGAACAAUGGUCUGCGACCAUGGCUGAAGCAUCCAACGUCACAACCCCAACCUCCAUGCUCCCAAUCGAAUACAGGAUGAGUCUCGUGUUCCUCUACACGCUCAUCUUCCUUGGGGGCAGCAUAGGCGCCGGCUUCAUGAGCACCGUCCUGAAGUCCAACAUGCUGUCCAUCACCACCGUGUCCAUGAUCAACCUGCUGGUUGUGCACCUGCUCUUCCUCCUGACCGUACCCUUCCGCAUCUACUACUACAUCAGCAACCACUGGGCCCUGGGCCGCGACUUCUGCAAGAUGGUCAGCGCGAUGAUCCAUGCCCACAUGUACCUCAGCUUCAUCUUCUACAUCGUUCUCCUGGCAGCACGGUACCUGGCCUACUUCGAGUGGGGCCACCGGUUGGAGUUUUAUCGCGCUCUGCAUGCAGUCAUCGCCAGCGUGAGCUUGUGGGCCAUCAUCCUGGGCAGCGCUCUGCCUGCCAGCCUCAUCACUUAUGGAUCUGUACCAAAUGGAAGCAUAAGUAACGAAGUGUGCUUUGACUUUGGUGAUGCUCUCCAAAGCGUCAGCGUUCAAAUCCUGAACUACAUCAUCAGUGCUGUGGUGCUGCUGGCCUGGAUUGUUUUAGCCUGCAUCCAGCUGUGGAUCCUGUGGCGAGUUUACGGAAAAUAUGGCCGGGCCUCGUUCGCUCAUCAGGAGUUUUGGGCUCAGAUUAAAAGCCUGUGCUUCGUGUUGAUCAUGUUUCUUUGCUUUGUGCCCUACAAUGUGUUCAGGAUAUAUUACGUGAGCAAGCACUGGAGCAACCUUCAGAUAGUCAAUGAGGUUUUCCUGGCUAUCACUGCCUUCAGCUGCUUCGACAUGCUCACAUUUGCCGGCAGGUGUGUGUGGCGGCCUGCUUACGGACAGUGCUGCACUUUAUGUGAAAGGAGAAGAUGAUCUAAGGUGUUUUUUUGCUAAACUUUAAUGAAAGGACAUUUGAAAUGCAGAUGAAUUUUGUUGUUCAUUGAGGAAACAUUAACUUAACUUCAUUGAAACUCCCUUAAAAUAUCAUUUUAUUGCUUUCCUUCACACAAGUGCGUUGUCCUCAAGCCAGGUGAAUUACAGGGAAACUCCACUUUUAUUAUUUCUGCAUUAUUCAGUCACUCAGAUUACGAUUCAGAAUAGUUUGAUAAGAAAUGGUGCAUUGUAGAGAAACUUACCAACUCUACGGUGGUGCUGUUAGUAACUAGGGUUGUGGUGUCUACAUGUGCCUUCUAAGUUUUUAUAUGUAAUGUUGAUGAUACUAACACAGUGGUAAAUCUGAAAAAAAUGUAUUUGCCUUAACCAUUCAAUUUAAUCAUUCUCUAUGAAACAGUUUGUAGCAUUAAAACUCAUCAGACGUCUGGUUCCUAUCACCACCACUGAGAACAAAUUCACAUCAAACCACCCUGAAUUACUUUAUCUUCACCUGAACUAUUGAAUUAUCUUAAAUGUUUUGGUGGAAUUUCUUUAUAUCCUUACAAACCCAAAAAUGUGUUUCCACUUUGAUUCCUCUCAAAACAUCAUUUACAGAUUUUUGUUGUAGUUACUUGACAAUUGAUAGUAGUUGCUAAAGAAUUAGUUUCUUGAUAAAGUCUUGAGGUUUCUAACUAAAUAAUAAAAGUAGGGUUCAAGAGGUUAAGUUAGGCCCUUUAUAAUUUAAAUGUUGUUUACAGUGCAUAAAAUUUGUUUGUUAUUUAACAUCCAAAUGUCCCUUGAUAUCGUAUUAUUGUUCAGUCAACCGGUGUUUUACUCGAAAAUGUACAUCUGUAAAUAUACCUGUAAAACUUUAAUCAUAAUCAACUUGUGUUGAAACCCAUGUAGGAAUAUGAAUCUUUGAAAGUGAUUCGGUUGUGAUUCAUUGGUAUAGAUUCCACUCCACUGUGAGUGAACUCCUGUAACUUCUAUGAACAGUUUCAGUGCAUAAAUUAAAUACCUGAAGGAUGUCAA